AUUCUGCAGUGCGGUUCUCUUCUUCACACGCAACAUGGAUGUGAGAGUGAUCUUAGUGGCAGUUCUGGUAACGGUGACUAUCUACGGAUCUGUUUCAGACGCCAAGCCUAUCAGCCUGGUCGAGAGGUGUUGGUGCCGUUCUACAGUCAGCACAAUCCCACAGAGAAACAUCCGUGAACUAAAGUUCGUCCACACACCCAACUGUCCUUUCCAAGUCAUUGCCAAACUGAAGAGCAAUAAAGAGGUGUGCCUCAAUCCGGAGACAAAAUGGCUACAGCAGUACCUUGACAAAGCCCUUGAAAAAAUGAAGAAGGCCAAGCAACAGGGCAACUAAGGAAGCAGCUGGAUGGCAAGCCCAUUUGUGAGCCACCACCACAGAUAUGUACCUGUACCAUAUACUGCUCUGGCAUGCUUGCUGAACCAGCACUUAACCUGCAAACCUUGCUUGCCUCUCAAUGAUUCGCCACGUCAUCAUCACCACGUCUGCCGCCGCUAUAGGCACCUCCUGUGUUAGCACAAUGUGCAAUUAUAUAUAUGUAUGAGUGUGUUUUUAUACGUAUGAGAUGUAUAUAAAAUGUUUUUUUAUAUCAACGUUAAACAGUAAAGAGAUAUUUUUGGAGUUGUGUUUGCUCCUUGCCUGUCUGUUACAGAGUUAGGUAGACCUGAAUGUAGUACUGAUGAUUUUGGAGCAAACAUCCGAAACUCUGCAAACUUACAGUAUUCUUACACUAUAUCAUACAAUAGGAAAUAGUAAAGUAGGAAUCACACACUGGUGCAGAGCUGAGUCCCAAUGGCAGAAUACCUGACAGGAGAACAAAUAGGAAGGGAGUCAACUUUCUCCACUCAUUUAAUAAUCAUAUUUAAUUAACCCAUAUCUUUAAAAAAAAAUGUAACACUGCAUAUUGCAUGUGAAUGUAAUAUUACAUGUAUAUAUACACGAAAA